AUGGCGGAACAGCUCGUCGCAUGCAGUCGUUGAUAAGAAGAAAAGAGGUUAUCUGAGAUCAUCGGCUCUGAUUCCGCUGUCAGCGUUUUCUUCCUCUCGCCCGCGUCGUAUCUCAUCUUUUCCUGGAUUUUUGUUCUGUCUGAUAAGGACAUUCUCCAGAUCGGGGUUCUUCUCUUUUAUCACCUUACAGUUUCCCGUCUGAUCAAACCUUCUUUGAUCAUUUCAAUCUCUUAUCGGUUAGGGUUGUCGGUUAUGUGGUGAACUGUUCGUCAUGCCCGGUGUGGCGGGGGUAUAAAUUAGUCUAUUUCUGAAAACUGAGUAGGAGAUCAGGAUCGAGAUCGAGGUGAAAGUGGGGAGAGAAAGAGAGAGAGAUUUGAGAUAGAGAAAUCUAUUUCUCCAUGGGAGAAUCCUUCCUAACUUCUCUGACUAUGGACAACUGCUAUCCUUCCACCUUCCUGUCUAUGGAACCCGCUAACACUGGGGCAGCAGCUAUGGCGGCAUCCCAUGAAGACUCUGAUCGGGAGCUCAUGAUUCAUAAUCGACAGCAGAUGUCCCUUUCGCUUCCUGCACCUGACAUUAACCUUCCCCUCUCUGCUGAAAGCUCCACUCCGCCGCCGUCCUGGAGCUCCGAUUCAUGCGAGAUCCUUGACCUCAGCCCUCAUAUGAAUGAAGUUGAGGCCACCGUCCUCCAUUUCCCUAAGGUGUGUAGCCGCAAGGGUACAAAGAGGGGCGAUAGCUUUUGGGGCGCAUCGUUUUUCUUCAACCACUACUUUAAGCCCUUGCUUUCUGAGAAAUCCAAGGCGAAGAUCAUCUAUGAUGAAAAUGGGUUCUCUGGUUUUGAUAAAUCUGAUCUAAAGCUUGAUGUUUUCCUGGUUCAGCAUGACAUGGAGAACAUGUACAUGUGGGUUUUCAAGGAAAGGCCCGAUAACGCGUUGGGAAAGAUGCAGCUUCGGAGCUAUAUGAAUGGUCACUCUCGACUUGGCGAAUCCCAGUUCCCUUUCAGUGUUGAUAAAGGGUUUGUUAGAUCCCACCGGAUGCAGCGCAAGCAUUACAAAGGUUUAUCAAACCCUCAGUGUAUCCAUGGCAUUGAGGUCGUGAGGUUGCCCAGUUUGACUCAUAUUCCAGAGGAGGAU